AUGAACUUUCUUUCGUCAAAUGAUAUUAAUAACCAUCUCGAAUAGUAUGAUAGUUUGAAGAUAAAGUAACUGACAUUCCAUGGUAUUGAAAAUGAUCCAGCUAAGAUUAAGAAUGAUGCUAAUAAGCUAGAAGCACUUAAAAAGGAGAUAAAGAAAAAGGAACAAUAAAUUCUAGAAAUUAAACUCGAAUUGAAAUGA